CGACAUGGUUCGACGAUGUUCGGAUAUAUCCGGCCACGGCAGUACAGCGCCUGAAUGGUUUGUUCAUCUUCCUGAAGUUGUAUUUGUUUUGGUUUUUUUCUUCUGUGGAACAUGGGGGAUCAACCAAAGGUUUUAAGGAGACGAAAGAAGAAAGAACCACGAGAAGACAGUCAAGAACCCACAAAAGAAGAGAACGAAGUUGGAAAGUACCUGAAAUGGAACUGUCCUUCAAAGAACUCAACGAUGAUGAGCGAAAAAGUGGAAUAUUUCAUCGGUAAAUAUCGAUUUAAGUUAAAUUAUUCCUUUCGUUUUAACACUCCUUUUAAGCUUUUUCAACUAGCUUUCAACUGGUUGAAAGUCCGAAGACUUUUCUCGUCCUUAUCGAGGGAGAUGCUAACCUUCUCUCGGCUCAUACAACACGGUUAUGUAAUUGUUGAUGUCGACUUUAUAUUACGCUCUCUGAAGCAAAUCUCAUCCUUGUGGGACAUCUUUUGGCGAUAUUUCCAUACCNAAACAUAUCUGGAUAGGUUACUGCUUUUGGGAUUCUUCAGUCGUGUUGUGCGAAUCAAAAAAGUAGUUAAGACCAAGGAAGAGAAAGAAAAAGAGAAAGAGGAAAAAAAGAAAGAAAAAGAGAAGGAAAGUGAGAAAGGAGAUGUGAAAGAGAAAGAUGAAUCAGAAAGCAAGAAGCCAAAGAAGAAACCAAAGAAAGAGAAAACAGAAGAAGGAAAAAAGGAUGAUGGUGAUAGUGGAGAGAGCAAACAAAAAUCAAGUGAAGCAAAUGGAGAUGGCGAUGGGAAAAAGAAGAGAAAGGUGAAAGUGAAGCUGGAAUUGCACGAUGAUCAGAUAUUUGUGGAUGCUGAUGAGGAGGCUUAUGUCUGGAGAUUUGACCCAGUUCAUCCAAAGACCUUUGUUCUUGGGGUUUUGGUUGUGAUAGCCACAAUUGCGAUCUGCCUGUUCCCAUUGUGGCCCAGUAAUGUCAGGGAGUAUGUGUGGUAUCUGAGUGUUCUGGCAGCUGUGGCAGUGGGUGCCAUACUUGUGCUUGCCCUAUUGCGUUACGUUUUCUUUGCAAUCGUUUGGGUAUUAACAGCAGGACGACAUCACUUCUGGCUUUUACCGAACCUGACGGAAGAAUGCGGCUUCUUUGAAUCGUUUGUUCCGCUUUACACGCACGAAUUUAAAGGAAGCAAGCCUGAAGAAAAACCCGAGGAACAGAACGAAAAUGAACUGGGAAAAGAAGAUGAAAACGAAGGGGACAAGGAAGAAGAGGAAGGAACGGUACAAGGCAACAAGGAAGAGAGUGGCGAGGAAAAAGAUCAUACGGACAAAGAACCUUGGGUAACAUUAACAGAGGAAGAAGUGGCAACAGCGAGAAGUGAAGUGGAUAAAGACCUUGAAGAUUCAAAUGACACUUUAACUUCUGAAGUGAAGUGUUGAUCGAAUAUUGCAUUUUAUUGUGUUCAUAUUAGGGCCAGUAACUUGAAAUUAUAGAUCAUGUUACUGACAUAAAUAGUCAAAAGUCUAAAUUUGUAGAUUUACGGCGACUUUCGUGACAGAGUUGUUAGUGAUUUGGUAAUGUGCAAGAGUUAGGGUUCGCUGCUGUCAAUUAAAAACACUCACGUGAUUGAUGGGAGCUAAAAUUAAUUUCCAAGGAAAUUUGAAGAAAGAUCACAGGCGUUGUGAGACCUCCACACAGUUGCUGUUCUUUUGUCGGGUUUGUGUUAACAAUUGCCUUUCUUUUGCUUUGUCCCAUUUUAUCGAAAAAAUACUCCAAUAUAUUUCCGUGAAAUAAGCAGAGAAAUGUACCUACCCUUGGCUAAUAUCUAGAAUUCAUUGAAAUUAUUUAUAAAGACUAUGUGGUUGAAUGA